GUGCAUGCGUUUCACGCCUAACCCGCCGUUCGCUCCCUCCCUAGUCUCCAGAUUCUAAAUACCGUAUUAUCCCUGCAGCUUGCUCUGGAAUUCGCGUUCACCUCUUCUUCGUUCUCUGCACGUAGUGCUCCUCCCGUUUUGCUGGAGAUCUUCGUCGAGCUGCAGUAGUUUGUCAGAGAUGGACAGCGCCAUGUGGCCGAUCUUAAUCCUCCUCGCUCCGCCGCUGGCGAUGUUCGCCGGUGUUUUCACCUUGUUCCAAUUCUCGCAGCUGUAUCUCCUCUUCGUUCGGAUUGGUCUCCGUCCGAACGAAGGCGUAUGGCGUUACGUCAGGCCGUAUCACAGGAACAUGGUGAAAGUGCUCAACCAGACGCUAGGUGACGCUGACAAGUUCUUGUCCAAGAUUCAACCCACCCACGUGAUCCUGUGCGCCAUGCUGAUUGUCCUCCUCGUCCAGCUAGAGCGACUGAUCAGCCAAGCGAGCGCCAACUCUCGUUCACGGCGCUAAGUCCUGCAGGUGGCAGGUGCCAAACAAUGAAUAGCUUCAAUUGCACCUCUGUCUGCACAGGGCUGAAGGUCGGGGAUGAGGAUUUACUGGCUGGAAGGUUGUUUGCUGAGAGCAUAGAUUAGUACAAGCAACGCUGGGCUGAAGAUAUCGAGCGCGUAGGUAUCGGUCCGCACAAAUAGUGAUCCAUUUGUUACAGAAAUUGAAGAAUGUGAUGGAAUCUCGCUUUUGAUUGCUCCGUCAAUCCACAAGGGGCACACCAGAUAAACAAUGCACAAGUAGCAUUUACUCGUAUUUCCACCAGAGGAAAAGUUACUGGAAAAGGCGUCGCUGGUGUCUGAAGCUGUGUUCGAAAGUCCCUUUACGUGCAGCGAUUCUCGACAUGCACGCCUCCGCUUUUUGUUAUUGUUACAUUUAAUUUUUAGUUCUUUCUGGAAACCAGUCAAUGGCGGAGGCGACUGUUGUGAGGUGGCAUCGCGACAACCACUCGCCUGACCCGAACGUUCCACGGACCAGCUCCGCGCAGUCAUUCCCUCGUACACCGUGUGACAAUAACGCGGCCAUUCGCUCGCCAGGAUCCCUCAGUCACCCGACCCGUUUCACGCAACACGAGAAUGAGAGCCAGGGCCGGCAGCAUCAACACGUGCAGAUGUCUACUAGGGUUAGGCACCCCCUUGGAGCAGCGGAGAGGCCGCGCGAAUCCGCGGAACUAGCCGCGGAAGGAGCUGUUAGCGCGAGCUCGCGCGGGAGGGACCCCACUCGCAGCGCCGCGCAUGCUUCUUCCUCCAGAAAUCGGGUUGGAGGACUUGAUGCCCUAGGGAAUGCCGACGAGGGCCAGCAGGAUAGCGGCAGGGAAGCAAGAGACGCGGGUUCGAGACCCAACGGGCUCAGUUUAAACGGAAAGCUGGUGGUUGAAUUUCAGGACGAUGACGAUGACAAUGAGGGGGACGACUUAGAACUUGAUGAUGAUGGUGAUGACAUGUUCACACCUAGAGGCGGUGACAGGGAGUCGCAGGAGGGCGACGAGGAGGAGGAGGAGGAGCAGGACGAUACGGAGGGAGGCGAGGACGCCAAUAACGAGGAUGUGAAUCUGGCAGCGAUGAGGGGCCUGAAGGCGUCUCGCAGCAGGCGAAGCAUGGUGUCGUUUGCAGGCCGGCACGGGGCGAGCGAGGAGGAGGAGGAGGAGGAGGACGAUGAGGGGUACAACGCGGAGGUGGAGCAGCGGGAGAAGCUCGACCAGGAGGUUGUUCAGGCGAUGUACGAGCGCAUGAAGCACAUGGGGGAGCUGACGGACAACUUCAAGAACCUCUUCUUCUUCCUCUGCUACACUUGCCUCUACCUCGCCGUGCUCUACCUGCAAGCCGACGCCUCCCUCUGCUACCAAGUCGCCACCGCGCACAACGUGCUGCUGCCGCCCGACUACACAGCUGCGGCUGCCAUGACCAUGAGCAGCCCAGACGACUUCUACACUUGGAUCAACGAUAGCAUCAUCCAGGUGGUGUGGAAGGACCCCAUCUGUGGCAACGGCAUCUGCGAGCGCCCCUUGGAGUUUGAGGCGUUUGGCCGCUUCGGCUGCUCCGCUGACUGCGGGGACCUGGGCGCAGUGAGCAACGUGACGGUGCACGUGGCCACGGACUUCCACUCGCAGGCCGACGCCGCUGCAUCCUCCUGGAACCUCUGCCUCGACGCGCCCUCCCCCCUCUGCUGGUACCCCGAGGACCAGCCGUUCUCAGACCUAGCGUCUGACUCCACUGUGACGCUCGCUCUGCCAGACGGCGUGUGGUCCGUGGUGGUCAAUGCGCCGGGGGGAGGGGUGGCGGGCACCGUCAGGCUCGCAGCCAGUCCAACUUCUCCUGUUGCUGCUGCUGCUGCUGCUGCUGCUGCUGCUGGUACCAAUGCCAGCAGCAGCGGCAGCAGCAGCAGCAGUGGCAGCAACAGUGUUGGGGGUCUUGGGAGGGUGCUCUUGGAGUGGGGGGGGUGCCAAACGUCAGACAUCACUCCCUUGUCCGAAUGCAGAUCGGCAUGCUCGCGUUUUUCCGGCUGCCUGGCGGACUACUGUGGUGCCAGCGGCUACUCCCCGCCGGCCCUCUCCUCCCUCUUUGUCACCUGCGCCUCUGCCUGCAAUGACAACUCAUCUCUGCCCUUCCUGCCCUUCCCAGACUUCACAUGCCCCGAGAUCAUCAACGCCACUGCAGACGGCCUUGCAGGCUUCCAGUGCUCCUAUCCAACCAACUCGACCCUCACCACAGGGAGGAAGGCUCGGGGCCUCUGGGAGCGGGCAGCACAGGCUGUCAGCCGAACCUCCUCAUGGCACCAGGCUCGGCAGGCGACUCGGAAGCUGGCUCGGAAACGGCUGGCGGAAAAUGCAGUAGCUGCUGCUGCCUCGGCGCUUGCUACUGUGUCUGCCAACAACACCAGCAUCUGGACCCACCUCGGCGCCACGGACGCCCAGCGAAUAACAAGUCUCCGCGUGGCAGUCUCCCGUGCCAUAUACACAGCUGUCAAGGACAACUGCCUCGUAGGCUCCCCCCUCUUCUCCCCCCGUGCCAACACCCCCUCCUCCUCCUCCUCUCCCUCCCCGUCUCGGCGCUCCACCCGCUCCUCCCCGUCCAUCCUCCCACCUGUCCUCCUCUCCCCCAUGUCCCGAUCCCGCCUCUCUGCAUUCCUCUGCACUCUCUUUGGGGGUGCGGAAGCUGCUGAGAAGGUGCCGGGGUGCGUGUAUGCGUCAUCAAGGGAGGGGCAGCAGCUGGUGUCUGUUUCUGAGCUGGCAGGCGACGUGCCGUGGACUGUUGCCACCAAUCAAACGGUCCAGUUAUCACGAGACCAGGCGGCGCGAUUCAUCCUUCUCCUCACUGCAGCACUCAAGUCCGCCGUCCUGUUGCCGGAUGAUGACGUGGCAGAUGCCGCCCGCUUGCUGCACGCCUUUGACCCUGUUGUCGUGGACCCCUCCCUGCCUGGCUGCGGCACCACGGCCAUAGGCCCCACAGUGAUGUGGGGGGCGAGUAAGCAUCCGAGCACGGUGGUGCGCGUGGGGGAGCGCGUCACAUGGGUGUGGGCGGACGGCCAGCCUCACGCCAUCAACGUGGCGGGCUUCGGCGACGCUGCGGCGACCCCGUUCUACGGCAUGGGCAGCGGACGGCUGGUGGUCAGCGCUGACAUGGUGUGCGGCGCGGGCAAUGUGGGGCCCACUGCGAUGCCCAUCAAUGGCUCACAACCCGCCGAUGCGGAUCCUGCACCAUGCGUCCUCAGUCCCACGGUGACCACCGCCACCUCCUCUCCCCCCACGCCAUUCACCUACACCACCGUGUUCCCCGUGCCCGGAACCUUCGUCUACGAGUGCGCCAGAGUGGGGGAGCCCACACGCGGCUCCAUCACUGUGCUUCCCUCCCCCUCCCCCUCCUCCUCCACCUCCUCCUCUUCUUCCGCUUCCUCCUCCUCCCGUUCCCAUGCUGCCACUGGUCAGUCCAGGAAGCCAAUAGAGUGCGCCCCGGGCUGCGUUCUCUCCUCGCUAGCAGACGGAAAUUGCAACCCUCCCUGCAAUGUCGACGCAUGUGCUUUUGACGGCGGAGAUUGCGCCUGCUCUCUGCCGCCCACAUCUGUUCCCGUACCUGCACCGUCUGGCUCGGCGCUAGGCUCGGGGAUAGGUCCGGUGGGGUUUGUGGCCAGCCCACAACACUGCCCCUGUCCUCCGGGACAGGUUCGGUCGGACGAAGGAUCAUGCUGCAUGACGUCAGCCAUAGGGGAAGGUCUCUCCUUCUCCUUCACCCUCGACAUGUUCUCCAACGCCACGUCAGCAUAUGCUAGCAAUGCCACGUCAGCACCCAUGGGCGGCAAUGCGUCAGCGAAUGACACAGAGGAGGUGGCACUGUCACGCUAUGUGGCGGAACAGAACAGGGUGCUGAUAGGGUUGAAGAUCGAGCAGACCCGGUGGGACGGCAUCGACUGUCAACCAUCCAGGUUCUCGGCCCUCUUCCCUCACUGCAUCAACGGCACGUCCACGGACCCCUUCGGCGUGAACCCGUACUUCCUGCCCUCCUCCUCGCUCUACGACCCCUCCGCCCUUGUGGCGCUCAACGACUCGCUGCCCGGUGCUGACGUGGACAACGUGCAGCCUAUCACAGUGCGGGACGAUGGGAUCCCCUACGGCUUCCAAGUCGCCAAGCCUGGCGAGAAUAUGUUUCCGGUGAUAUUCGACAUCAAUUUGGACAACGAGGCGGCCACGCGGCGCCUGCAGUACCUGGCAGACAGCUUCUUCAUCGACAACUCCACGCAGUCCAUCUCCGUUGCCAUGCUCACAUACAACGGUGACUCCAGCCUUUUUGUGUACACCACUGUGCGACUCAACUUUGAGAUCGGGGGCAAGAUCGCGGUGACGUACAACGUGGACCCCGUGGAUGUGGAGCUGUACUCGUCUGCGGCGGACUGGGCGCGGCUGACAGUGACGCUGCUGUACGUGUGCGCCGUGGUGUGGAACCUUAUUGAGGAGCUCGUCGAGGCCUUCCAGUGCUGGCUCGAGACGGGCAGGAUCACAUCGUACUUUCGCACGCUGUGGAACUGGCUGGAUGUGCUCUCGCUCACCAUCCAAUUCAUAGGCAUCAUCAUGUGGUUCAUCAUAUCAGUGCAGCUGGCGGGCUCCUUCCAAGUGCAGCCGCGUUACAACAUCUACGUAACCGGCGAUUCCCCGUUCGUCUGGCAGCUGCAUUACCCCCCGGUGGGGUACGACGAGGCGCAGGCGGUGUACAGCUCGGUGCGUAACUUGGUGCAGUGGCGCUCCAUUCUAGUCUCAUUGCAAGGGAUCAACGUCUUCCUCUUCCUGCUGCGCCUGCUCAAGCUGAUGGACUUUCAGCCGCGCAUCGCCAUCCUCACUCGCACCAUGGCGGCCGCAUUCCCCGCCCUCGUGCACUUCUUCCUGCUCUGGGCCAUCAUGUUCAUCGGCUUCUCCUUAUACGCCUACGUGGUGUUUGGCCGCACCUUGGAACAGUUCAGCACGGUCGCUAUGUCGAUGGUGUCGUGCUUCCUCAUCCUCAUCAACGACAACAGCACGGGCUACUUCUUCAUCCAGCUCGAGGGGUGGAACCUCACAGCAGCGAUCAUCUUCUGGAUCGCUUACAUCACCGUCAUGGUCUUCGUCAUGCUGAAUGUGCUGAUAGCUAUUGUGGUCGACGCUUUCCUCGAAGUCAGGAAAUCCACGGAGGAGUCGCCAGCAUUCCCAGUCGACAUGUGGUACGUGCUUCGGAACGUGGUGCUGCGGCUGUCAACGGACUACUGGAAGCCGGGGAGGCUGCAGCGCCACCUGCUUGCCAUGGGGGCUGAAGACGACAAUGUGACGCUGGAGGACUCCAUUGUGGCCAAGUCAGUAGCCGCCCUCAAGGGCAGCUUCAGGCGGGUCAACCGGUGCUGCGGGGGCGGGGUCAGGCGGCCCAAGCCGCGCCCCCGCAAGGUGCUGCGGGUGGGCAAGCGGUGCCUGAAUGCAGACUCCCUCAUCGCCGUCAUCGAGCGCUGCACCGCCAGCAAGCCCGCUGGGAGUGACUCCACUCGAGGGGGCUUCCUGCUGAGACGACAGCCCAACCCCGAGCCAACCAUCGAGGCUCGGCCCAUAGCUGACGUGGUCCUGGCCCAGUUUGGGGAGGUGCUAGACGGGAUGGCAGCGCCGGCAGCACCAAGCAGGGAGGAGGAGCAGCGGCAGGAGGAGGAAACGCGCAAGCUGAAAGAAACCCUUGCUAGGGUUUCUAGAAGCGCUGCGAUGACAGCAGAAGGGCUAGAGGAGUUGAAGGGUGAGGUGCAGCUGCAGCGGCGGGCAGUAAGGAGGUUGCACCGCCAGGUGGCGGAGUGGGAUAUGCGGGCGAUCGACCAGGAGAGCGCACUGCACCGGCAGCUGCUGCUGCAGCAGGAGCUGAUUCUGCGGCUGGUGAAUGCUCAGAGCGACUCUGAUGUUGCUUGAGACAAUGUGUGCACCUGCAAAAGAGUGCGAUGUAAGAAAAUGCUUCAGGAUGAAAUGUUUCAUGUAGGCAUGAGGACUGCCCAAGUUUUGACUUUAGGGGUAUAUAAAUGCAGGCUUCUGGCCAAUUUACUCCUCAAUAUGGCGUUUUAUGAUAUAGCAUCAGAGUCAGGGUCAGAUAUGUGCAUUGCCGAACAGAACCGCACUGGAUUGUGUAUCUUGACACUUGCACUGCUCUGUACUGCACGAGUCUAAUUCCGAUUGCUUCCUCCC